AUGGUUGAUCUCGAACCGUAUUCCCCCGAGCUCUUAUGGAUAUUAAUUGUUGGAUUUAUUAUUGCAUUUGUAUUAGCAUUUGGUAUUGGUGCUAAUGACGUUGCAAACUCGUUUGGUACAAGUGUUGGAAGUAAAGUAUUAACAUUGCGACAAGCAUGUAUUCUGGCAACAAUAUUUGAAAUACUUGGAUCGAUAUUAAUCGGAGCGAAAGUGUCCGAUACGAUACGGAAAGGUAUUAUUGAUCCAAGUUUAUUCGAUGAUCCAAAAGAAUUAAUGCUUGGUCAAAUUUCAUCAUUACUUAGUUGUUGCAUUUGGUUAUUGGUUGCUACAUUUUUUAAUUUACCUGUUUCUGGUACACAUAGUAUUGUUGGUGCAACAGUUGGUUUUGCUCUUGUUGCUCAUGGUUCUCGAGGUAUACAAUGGAUUGAAUUUGCUAAAAUUGGUGGUUCAUGGUUUGCUUCACCAGCAUUAGCUGGUAUUAUAUCAAUUGCUGUUUUUGUACUUAUACGAAAAUUUAUUCUUCAAAACCCUGAUCAAUUAACAGUUGGUCUUCGAUGGUUGCCAGUUUUUUAUGGUGUAACAAUAAUGAUCAAUUUCUUUUCAAUUCUUCUCUCUGCACCACCACUUUUAUAUUUUGAUCGUAUUCCAUUAUGGGGAAAAUUUGUUACAACAAUUAUUGUUGGUCUUCUUGUUGGUCUUCUUGUUAUGGUUGUUGUUAAACCACGUAUGAGAAAAACUAUUGAAGGUGAGUUAAAAAAGAAACGAGAUUUGGAAAGUCGAGGAAAACAAGAACCAGACCUAACGCAACCUGAUGCAGUGCUUGAAACUUAUGCCAAUGUGUUAACAAGGAAACGAGAUUCUGAAAAUCGAGGAGAAGGUGAACCACAAUUAACAAAAACUGAUGGAAGAUUUGCGACUUAUACUGUUUCUCAUCUUGAAAAUGUGAAUACAAGUGAUAAAGAAACUCAAAUUGAUCAUAUAUCAAUGCUUAAAGAAUAUGAUUUAAUACGUUAUCAACAACAACAUCCAGAUGUAUUUCGUCCUUAUGUUGAAAUGCAACGAAUACGAAAAGAUUCUGAAACAAUCUCAAGUCCAGGCGUAAGUGGUGUAUUACGUGCACGUCGUGAUGGUGAUCGUUUUCGUAAUGAUAUUGUUGGAUUGGAUGGUACAAAUCCUCUUCCUGGACAACAACGAACUGUACCUAAUCCACUAUCUAUUCGUGAAAAAACAAAAAUCUAUCGUCUUCCACAAAAUACAAAUCCAACUACUGUACCUGGCUCGAUGACUAAUGAAAACAAAAGUUUGUUAUUAGCUGCUGUAUUGAUGCCCCAUGAUGAUAAUGUAUCAACAACAUCAGCUAAUCAAAAUAGUUCAAAUGAAGAUUUAUUUGAAGUAGAAGAUAAAAUGCCAGAAAUGGCAACAAAAAAAAAAAGAAUUGAUGCGACUAAUGAUACAAUUGAAAUUGCUGGUAUUUUUAAAUAUUUACAAAUUCUUACAGCUAUAUUUGGUGCUUUUGCUCAUGGUGGAAAUGAUGUUAGUAAUGCAAUUGGUCCGUUGAUUGGUGUUUGGUUAAUCUAUGUUGAUGGUUCUGUUAAUGCUCGAACAUCGACACCACUUUGGGUACUUUUCUAUGGUGGUCUUGGAAUAUCGGUUGGUCUUUGGGUUUGGGGUCGUCGUGUUAUUCGUACGAUUGGUGAAGAUUUAACAAAAAUUACACCAUCAAGCGGUUUUGUAAUUGAAAUAUCAACGGCAUUUACCGUUCUUUUUGCAUCCAAUUUAUCAAUACCAGUUAGUACGACUCAUUGUAAAGUUGGUAGUGUUGUAGCAAUUGGUCGUUUUCGUUCAAAACAAAAUGUUGAUUGGUCAUUAUUUCGCAAUAUAAUUGUUGCAUGGGUUGUUACUGUUCCUGUCACUGGUGGUAUAGCUGCAGGUGUUAUGGCUCUUCUUCGUCUUAUAUUUCUAUAA